CACGGGCACAGGCCGCACCGGUGGGGGUAGGCAUCGGUGAACCGAAACUGACAGUGGUCCCGACACUUUCCCAAGGGCACGCUCGGUGGCCCCGUGGGGCCCGCAGACGGACCCCACAGGCCGAGGCGCCAGGGGUUCAAGACCGCGGGGGGCCGAGAACACGAUCACAUCGUCGGAGCAUCUGGGAAGGCACCCCGGCGCCGCCGUCGGAGCCUGCACGGGGAGCCCCGCGGCCACUGGCGCGGCCGGCGGCCGCGCGGGCGGGCGAGCUGUGCGGGGGCCUGCUCACGCCGCGCAUGCUGCACGCGAUGAGAUUUGCGGCGGACAUCGGCCUCGAGGCGCUGCGCUCGGACGCAGGCCGCUUCCUUCCGGGGCAGCCGGGCGGCGUGCACUGGGGCGCGGCGCGGCUGCCAGCGUCCCUGCGGGGCUCCGUCUUCAAGGCGUUUGUGAACGGCAUGGCCGACGUGGCCGCCGUGGUGGCGGCGUUGCUGGACAGGCGGCAGGUCCCCGCGGCGCGCGAGCUGGCGCAGCUCCUGUCGCCGACGGCGAGCCCCGCGCUGGGGUCGCUGGGGCUGCGGGUGCGGCGGCACGCGCUGAGCCACUUCUUCGGCAAGGGCGGGCGUGUGGACCACGUCUUGGACGCCGUGAUCGACGAGGCGGCCUCGCUCUACGAGGCGCUGGACGCCGUCGGGGACGCCGCGGGGGCCCUCGGCGAGGGGGACGAGGAGCCCGCCGGUCUCGGCGGCAGGCUCUGCGGGUUCCACCGCCUGCCGGUGCACGUGCUGGACGGCGACUUCGACCGCGUGAGGUCGGCCCUGACGAGAGACGGCCAGAGCGGCGCUCCCUGACAGAGCCUCGGGCCGCGCGCGCGUGCGCCUGCUGCCGCACCCCUCGCGCCGUGCGGGCUGGGGUGCCGCUCCCUCUCGGAGUGCUUGUCGAUCUCCCGUGCCACCCUGCGUUCACCAGCCGCACCGAGGCGGUGCGGUGUCUGCGGUUCGGCAUCACCUCAGCGGCUGGGAUGUUUUCUGGCAUCACCACCUGGAGAACCGACCUCCCAGGGCCGGACUUGGAUGCUUUUGGUGCCCCCAGGGCCCAAACAGAUACCACAUGCGGUCGC